AUGAAGGUACAGGUGUUCGUCUGCACAUUUCAUUCAUGUUAUCAUACAGAACGCAGAUCUAACAUGCAUCCUACAGUCCCACCUUGCUACUGCCUUCUGCUUGCUCUCCUCUACAAAACCGUUGCUGCCAAUCCUGAAUUUGCUGCGGUUUCAUCAGAGAUUACUUUGUGUGGAUUGUCGUGUGAAAAAUAUGUAUUGUAUGAUCUUAAAAAAGAGCCUGAUCAGGACCUUUUUUAUCUGGCUUGUGAUACCUGGAAACAAGAACGUUAUAGAAAUGGGAUCAAUUUUAAUAAAAACACAGGAUGCUGCAUUAUCGAAAAUGUGCAGAAGAAUGACUCCGGAGUCUACACUGUACUUGCUACUAAGAAAAGUGGGGAUCGAGUAAAUGUUUUGCAUAAAGAAUGCAGAGUUAUAGAUCGGAUCAGAAAUGUUACCAUCAAUCCUGGAUCAGGGAGAGAGAACAUAUCUCUCAGUGUUAACUAUGAGGGGGAUUCACCAACCCAAAUUAUCUGGAGUAUGGAUGGGGGACUGUGGCCCGAGGGUCAUUCCCUAAGUGAUGAUAACAGCACUCUUACUCUUCCCGGAAGUGCUCUUGGAAUAUAUAGAGUGACUGUAAUGAACCCUGUUAGUAACAGGAGUGUGGAGUAUACCAUUCAAUCUACAGCAGAAGAACCAACACAUCAAGUUAGUAUUAUCGGCAUCGGAAUUGGAGUUUGUGUUUCUCUAGCCGUUGUAGUUGGCCUUGUGAUCCUGUUGGUGAAACACUAUAAAAAAAGACAACCGAAUGGUAUAAUAUGAGACAGAGGGAGUGAGAGUGAAGGAUUGA